UUAAUGUAACAACACCAUAAAGUGAGCCAUCGCCCUUGCUAACGGUGUCAUGGUGGUUUAACUUGAGCUUUUUUUGCAAUAAUUUACUAGUUAAUGUGCUUGUUAGCGUUUUGAACAUUGAUUUUUACUAAUAGUUACACGUGUUACAAAAUAGUCAAUAAUGCGCGAGUAUAAAAUAGUGGUACUAGGGAGCGGAGGCGUGGGAAAGUCCGCCCUGACAGUGCAGUUCGUACAGGGCAUCUUUGUGGAGAAAUACGACCCGACCAUCGAAGACAGCUAUCGAAAACAAGUGGAGGUGGACGGGCAGCAGUGCAUGCUGGAGAUCCUGGACACGGCGGGCACGGAGCAGUUCACGGCGAUGCGCGACCUGUACAUGAAGAACGGGCAGGGCUUCGUGCUGGUGUACUCGAUCACGGCGCAGUCCACGUUCAACGACCUGCAGGACCUGCGCGAGCAGAUCCUGCGCGUGAAGGACAAGGACGACGUGCCCAUGGUGCUGGUGGGCAACAAGUGCGACCUGGAGGCGGAGCGCGUGGUGGGCAAGGAGCAGGGCGCCGGCCUCGCGCGGCACUUCAACUGCGCCUUCAUGGAGACCUCGGCCAAGGCCAAAGUGAAUGUGAACGAAGUGUUCUACGACCUAGUGCGGCAAAUCAACAAGAAGUCGCCCAAGAUAGAAAAGCCACAGAAAACGAGAAAGUGUGAAAUUCUGUAAUGAGUGUGUACUGCGGGAGCCUCUACUGCGACUAGGCAUACAAUAAUUAAUAAGUUGAAAGACUUUGUACUCGGAUUUGGCUCUUGAUGGUUCCCAAAGUUAAAUGGUCUGUAGCAUUUUGAAAUGUGCAUUUGUUGCGGUAUGCCGCCAGCGGAGUGAGCGUCGUGUCCGUACUCCCCUGAUGUUAACGUAAUAGUCAACCUUUUUCGGUCUGUGUAUUGUAAGAUGUUCCAGAAAGGAAUCUUUGAUUCUGUAUGUUUCUCUUUAGAAAUUCCAAUUGUAAUGAUGUAUGGAUGGACGCUGUUCAAUGAUAAUAAUUUAUGAAUUAGUUGCAGUCCACAGAUGUACUAUCAGUUCACAGUCAUGGUGAGUACAUUCAAUGCUAAGUAAGAAUUAUUGAGCUGUCUAUAGUAUAAUUUAUUCAGCAAUAUUUCCAUAUUUUUUUGUAUUGGUAUUUCCUCUAAUCUAAGUAGGUAUAUUAUUAGGCUAUGAAGAGAGUGUACUCACCAUUGACCAAUAUCAACAAAUAUAAUGUUCACUGUAUGGUGAAGUUUGUCAAUUAUAUUUUUUUGUCUGCUAGAUUCCGGCAGUUGGGGCACAAACAGGAAAUAUUGUUGGAAAUGAUAGUGAGAAAUUGGACUAAAAGGAUAAUAAUAAACAAAGCAUUUAGCAGCUUGACUACAAGUCAUUAUCUGUCAGAGUCUAGCGUAACGGAGUCUCAAGUGUUUGCAGUAGAAGUUGCUGUAUAAUGUCUGUGUAAUUCUAUUAGAGAUGCAGAAACUGCAGCUAGAUUAGAUUGUAAUUCAUGUGUUGUGACGACUGUUGCCGAGCUAACAUCACCCUUCCAAGCACGAUGUGUGGGCAGCAGUUGCCAGAGCAAUAUAGGCCAAUCAUUAACAGAUUCACUUUAUUUCAUAUGAGCCAUGCCAUAUGGCCAGAUGUUACAGUUCCUUUUAUUGAAAAUACUACUCUUAAAUAUUUGAUCAUCAUGUCUUUUAGUACUGAGGAGUUUCCGGAAUGCUAUGUUGUGUGGUGGCGGCUCAUUGAGUGUCCACAGGCCUGAACCAGUGUGUGAAAUGUUUAUAAUUAAGGGAUACAUUGAAUUUUUCAAAUAUAUUAUGUCUUGUUAUAUAAUACAAUUGUAUGAGAAGAGGAGGUUGAUAAUGUGAAACCCUUAGGACUUGAUAACCUUUAACAAAUUCUAGCGUUGAAAGUUAGGUAGGUGCACGUCCGAUGGCUGUAGAUUCAAGUGUAAUAGAUCCCGGGCGCUGAGCCCUUGUUACUUCAUCCCUAAAUACAAAUUGCUGUAACCCAGAUUUAAUCCUUAUAAAUUGAAAGUAUAAAAAAAUAUCGUUAUUGUAAAUGAAAUUAAAAUUCUAUGAUUACAGGCUCAUUUUUAAAUGUAAUUACCAACCUAUGUUUGCUUCUACAACUUUGUUAUAACAAAUAAUUAUAGGUGUUCAAAUAUUGUUACGGGAUUAGAUGUUUCCUCCAUUUCUUUUCUGUUACUAAUUAAGGUUUAACUGCACAAGGAUAUUGGUAACAACUUCGAUCUGAGUUGAAUUAUAUUUUUAUAUAUAUUGUGCAAAAACUUGUAUUAUAUUUUAUCUUUUUUCAAUCAAUAAUCGACAUGUACAAUAACUAUUAAUUUCUUUUUUUGCAAAUUAUCGAUAAAAACCAAUUUUAAAACAUUA